AUGUUCAAAGCUUGGCUGAGAGAAUUACCCGAUGAGCUUUUCCCCAAAGAAACACAAGCCAUGAUCGCCGAGAAAUGUGAGGGCGCAACCACUGCUCCACAGAUGCUCAAAGAUGAGCUUUCAAAGCUACCCCCAUAUCAUUACUACCUUCUCUUCGCCAUCACAUGUCACUUGAAUCUUCUGCAUUCCUAUGUUGAUCAAAACAAGAUGAGCUACCCCAAUCUCUGCAUCUGCUUCCAACCUUGCAUGAAGAUAGAUGCCUUCUGUUUUAACUUUCUUGUCUGUGAUUGGAAAAACUGUUGGCAGGGCUGCUGGACAGAGAAGGAAUAUCUUGAGAUCGAAAAGGGAAUGGACGAAAAAGAAAGAUUAGCGCAUACAAAACAGGAUACUGAUAUGAGAACGCCCCAGUCGAAAACCACCGUUCAGUUUUGA